AUGACAGCCAAGAAGCAAACCAGCUACAGUAUACAGUUCAAGCUAAGUGUAAUUAGUGAGUACAGGGUCGGUGUUGACGGCUCUGACUUCCAGGCGCUUGCUAAGAAGCACAAGGUGAUACCGUCCAUGGUCAGAAACUGGUCGGACAGCAAGGACUUGCUGGUCAACGCAUCGAAGAUCCGCCAACUCGCUACCCGUUCACGACGGAGGAUGCCAGGAGCAUGCAGAAAAUCAGAGCACCACGCACUAGAGCAGCAGGUUCACGACUGGGUGGUAACACGAAGCCGUAAGGGCUUGCGUGUGAAAGACAAGUGCAUACAACUUCAUGCACUCAACAUCCAUCGUGCCAUGAUGGCCUCGACCACCCUUGCAACGUCAUCAACAUGGACCAAGUCCCAAGAUAUUCCGAGACUGAGCCGAAGUCGACUAUUACAACCCGUGGUGUGA